UCUCUUUCUCUCUCUAAGCUUCAACAAAAUUAGGUUUCUUUCGUUCUUAUAUUCAAUAAUUUCUCUUUUCCCCCCUUUCAACUUGGUUUAUUUUUUGCUGAUUAAAUGGCUUGUUUGAUUCGCUGUAACUAUUUGAGUUAUAUUUGCAAUUGUGUGUAACCGAGGCAUUUUAGAUCAAGUAUGACAUAAGUUUUCUCAUGUAUGAAAGUUAUUGAAUGAACCAAGGAACUCAAAAUGAAUGCUUCUGUUAUUUAUGGAAGUAAUAAGACUUACAAUACGAUUGGCCAUGCUUGUGUUCUAAUGAGGAAGGAGCUUGAGCAGUAUAUGGAUUAUGAUGUUGGAUCCUAUUGCAAGGAUGAUUGGAAUUUAGCCCAAAAGCUAAUAUUGGGUGGGUGUGAUCCACUGCCUAGAAGGAGAUGUUUGAAUCGAGCAUCUAGAGUGUAUCAAAAGCCACUUCCGAUAAAUGAAUCUCUUUGGCAAUUACCAGAUGAUAGAAAUGUGUGGUGGAACAAUUAUCGGUGCAGGAACUUCAAAUGUCUUGAGAGAAAGAAUCCACAAAAGGGAUUUACCAAGUGUUCAGGAUGCUUUGAAAUGUUAAAGGAGAAGGUUGAACUACUUAUCUUCUGCAUCAGUUACACCAGAUGAAAUAGUCAAUAAAGAUGCUGAUCAGUGAGCGAAACUGCUGCGUUUUGGGGUCACAAUGCUGAUCAGUGAGCGAAACUAGUGACAACAAAACACUGUUAAGUCAGGCUCGGCCACCUGCGUCGCUGCGCAGAAUUCUGAACCGAUCAUCGUCUUGGUCCGUGUCAUUGUCACCUUCAUUCAAUUCCAUGGUCUUAAACAUCCAUGACAAGUUUCGCUGCCCGAUAAUUGCAUUUUUUGUAAAUUUGGAGAUGAGACAGUUAAAUUUUUUGUAAAUUGUAAUUACAUUUUUUGUAAAUUUGGAGAUGGACUAUGAUAAUAUCAAUCAAGUUCCUAACUAUU